GUAAGUGACAGUCAGUAAAAUCCAACAGCCGUUUAGGAAUUCCCGUUGGUCUCUCGGCGCAUCAUCGUCGUCGUCGUCCACGCGAACAUACAUCAUUGAGUAGCAGCUUCUCGUGCUGCGUCCGCUUUUAGUGAAAGAAAGAGAAAGACAGACAAGCAGAGUGCGAGUGAGAAAAAAAGGAGUCGCAACGUUGUGAUGUGCAGUGCAGCCGAUGACGGCCGCGAUUCUUCGUUCGGUGCCAGCUGCGUAGGAAAUCUGCCAGUAGGAUGGGCAAGCUCUUGUCAAAGAUCUUUGGCAACAAGGAGAUGCGCAUUCUCAUGCUGGGAUUGGAUGCAGCCGGCAAAACCACAAUUCUGUAUAAACUUAAAUUAGGCCAAUCAGUAACAACUAUACCCACUGUUGGUUUUAACGUAGAAACAGUCACAUACAAAAAUGUUAAAUUUAAUGUGUGGGACGUAGGUGGACAAGACAAAAUACGUCCACUUUGGCGUCAUUACUACACAGGUACGCAGGGACUCAUUUUUGUAGUCGAUUGUGCCGAUAGGGAUCGAAUUGAUGAGGCACGUCAAGAAUUACAUCGAAUAAUAAAUGAUAGAGAAAUGAGGGACGCUAUUAUUCUUAUUUUUGCCAAUAAACAGGAUCUUCCAGAAUCAAUGAAACCACACGAGAUCCAGGAGAAGCUUGGACUAACGCGGAUACGAGACCGAAAUUGGUAUGUGCAACCAUCGUGUGCAACGAGCGGUGACGGACUCUACGAGGGUCUCACGUGGCUAACCAGUAAUCAUAAAUUAUGAACGAGCGGCUAAGAAAUCAUCAUCAUUGUCAUCGUCGUCACACAUCAGAGUUAGUCACCGAAACUCGUGUAUCAUAAAACAAAAAAGAAAUUCAGCAAUUCGCUAGCUGCUUUUCGGUGCUCCUUUAAAAGGAGUAUCGCUAAGGCAAUGUUUUUUCCCAGCAAGAGAGAAGUGCAGCGAAGCAAUGUGGUCAUAGUUGAACAAAUAUAAGAAAAAAGUAUGUAUAAUCGUUAUCGUUUACUGAAUGCAACUUGAUUUGCGAUCGAGUGAUGAUAUAGUUUUUACUGAUAGGGAGGAUAGACAAUGUAAAGUAAAAUGGAAUAAAUGAAACAGAUAGAAGCUUCGGAAAAUUCAUUAUUACAACUGAUAUAUAUUAUAUCUAUCUCUUUCUUCCAACGACAAAAGUUCAAGUAAAUUUGGACGAUUUACAAUAGUCUUAUCAAGAAAAUUUAUGAAACAGCAUACAAUAGCGAAAUUUAAAUACCCCAAAUUCUGCGUUUAGCUUUUUUUACAUCAUUUUCUUUUUGGUACCUUGUGUCAAUGAUAAUGAACAAGCCAAUUGUUGAACAUCGAGUGAAUGAUUGUGAGAUAUAUUUAUGAUAAAAUUACGAUCACAUUUUAUCGAACACUUCCUCAUACUUGUUGAUAAAAGAGUCAAACAAAUUGCGGGUCAGAUGCAACAAGAGAUUAUUUUUGUGUCAUUCGUCGAUUCGAGAGAAAAUACAAUGUUCGAAUUAGUCGAGCGUUGCUAAUCCCAGAUGUAUAAAAAAAUCGUUUAUUCAAUAGCUUUUAAGUAGUCAUCGCUUGUGUCGCUCUGGUAGUCUUCAAGUUCUGAAUUGAAUCUAUCAAAAAAGUUAAUUCUAUAAUUCUAGAUAUAACCACUUGCGAUAUUCGGUAUUUUUUAAAUAGUAAUAAACUGAAAAUUCAAUAUUAGAUAAGUAGACAUCACAUAUUUAUUUUUCAUACCAGUGAAAAAUGAAGUUUCACAACAAAGCGGACUAACUAUAAUCAUCAAACUUCAAUCUACUCUUCAGUAAUUAGGAAUAUAAAUAUUUUUGGUCUUACACGGCAUAUUUCAAUACACAACUUGAAGAGCGUUUUUAGAAAGAAUAGAGCGAUGAAUACAGAAAAUCGAUAAUAAAAGAAAUUGGCUGAAGGAGUAAUUACGAGUAAAUGUCGUAAAGUAAAAGGGGCUUAUUUAUUUUUUAUUAACAACGUCUCUUAGUAGCUCACGAUAUCAAUCGUAAUGUACGCUCCAGGUGGACUGAAUUAUAACCGUAAUUAUAUAUUUUAGUUUAGUUACUACAUCUUGUGAAAUUCCCGUCGAGGUUACUGCGAUAAGCGAGAAUAUGGACGAUAUUCGUAUAUAAGAGGAUUUUGAGGAAAGGUUUCAAGUAAUUUCAAUACAAAAGUAAAAAAAACCAACAAAACACAGAAAAAAAAAUUUUAAUGAAACUUAUUAACGUCGAUUUAAGCACCAAAAGGGAAGAACACUAACAUAGCAUAUUUCUAGAUCUCUUGCGAUUUCGAUGAUAUUUCCCUUGUCGUAUUUAUUAUUCUCUAUUGCAUACAAGCAGUGUUCAUCAUUUAUUAUUUAAUCUUCGAGGGGUAGAUAUAAUUUAACGCGAAAAAACUGUAAUUUUUUUUAAAGAGAAUCGUUAUUAAAAACUUAGCAAUAUUGAUGUUAUUAGCUAAAUAUCAUUAAAAUAUUUUUAUCAAUACCUUUAGAAGUAUCUGAAGAAGUCAUAACAAUGGUUCAUUAGGUUAAUAGAUGAAAAAGAUUAUCAUCGGGCUUAACAAUAUUUGUUGAGCCAUAUUGAUAAACUUAAUAUAUUUAUUAUUUUGUUUUCUCAAAGAUUCUACGUACCAAUGUCCCAUUAAAGUUUUGUCUUCGCAAACUCUCAAUGCUUCUUUAUUUACUCUUAAGUAGAUAGUACAUUAUAAUAUAUUUAACAGAAAAUUAUCUAACUUAAUACUACUAUAUGUACCCCUAAUUUUCUUAAAGUUUAUUAUAAAAAAAUUAAUAAUAAUCGAGUUACAUUCCACAAUGAACCAAGUUUAAUGACUUUUAGGGAUAAUAGCACAUUUCUAGAAUUCAAUUGUACCCUAUAGCAAGAGAGAAAAAAGUAUACAGCGAGUUUGUGAUUUCUGACCUGUACUGAUUGAUCAAACUUAAAAUUCUUUGACAAAAUUCAAAGAGACGAUCGAGUGAUUUGCCCAUUAAUGAAUUAUUUCUCUCGUCUUUCUUUUUAUGUAUUAUACUAAUUAUUGUCUUAACUACGUAAAUAGUACAGCGAUCAUUCUGAAUACUAUGUACACGAAGCUCCAUUUUUUAAGAAAAACAAAGAUGUCAUUUCGAAUGUAUUGUCAAAGGCACAAAAAUAAUGAAAAUGAAUUUUAUUGUUGUUUUCUUUUCUUGUUUCUUGUAGAAGGAAGAUUAUCGCCAUGAUUAUUUAGUAUUGAAUUGCACGUUUAAUCUGUAUUUAUUAAAAUACUAAAGGAUGGACGAAUACGCAAGAAUACAUUCAGUACUUAACUUUUAUACAUGAAAAGAAAAACAAAUCAGCGAACAAAAACUACAAUUUAUUAAGUAAUACCUUGUAAAAUACGACGAAGUAGAAACGUGUGAAAAAAAAAAACAAUUUUUGUGUACAAAAGUAAUUGCGAAUAAUUCUUGCGUGUUUGAUAAUGCGUACGAUCGUAAAUUUAUAACGCGAUUAACACUUCCGCGAGUGAUUGUUUUAAAUAAAGAAGAAAAAAUAAACGAGUUUUAAUUGAACGAUUUUGUACUUGAAUUUUGUUGUAAGCGUGUUGUAUCAGAUGAUUUUUUUAGCGAUUAAGUAUAAUUCAUAGCAUGUGAAGAGAAAAAAACUUUUUUUAUUUACAGUCAAAGUAAAAUGCAAAAAUUAUGUAACGAUUAUAUGCAAACAAUACAUAACUGAAGAUAUAAUAAAAAAAGAUAUACUUUUAUAAAUAAAUCUUUAAAAGUGCAAUUGAGACUAUUACUUAUUUCAGAUACUCCGUUUUAUUUUUUCUUUUGUCAUGUACAGAUUCAAUAGCAAAAUCGUUAAUUGACAUAUUAAUGUGUGCGAGAUGAUAAAACUUUCCAUCAAAUACUUUAUUAAAAGUUUGCCCGAUCGAUCGAUUUUUAUUAUUUUAGAGAGGUCAUAUUCGACGCGUGCGUGCGAGUGUAUAAAUUGUGCGUAGGCCGGAAGUUGCAAGACAUGACUGUAAACGAAGACGUGUGCAGUAUAGCAUCACACGAUAUACAACGUGUAGUGGUUAUGAAUUGUUAACGUCACACAUAAAACUUCCUUUAAAGCUGCAAACUUUUCAUUCGUUUUUUUUUUCAUUCUCUUUGGAUAAUUCCUUUUCCGCAUGGUGGCGUUUAUUAUUUAUAUGUUGCGUUUUAUUGUCGAACAAUUAAAUCUUGUAUAUCAAUGUUUUUUACGUAUGAUUAAAAAUUAAAGAAAGAUACUUGAA